CAGCCGCGCCGCCGCCGGGCCUGGCCGCCCGACAUGGAUUUCUUCCUGGCGCUGGUGCUCGGAUCCUCUCUCUACCUGCCGGCGGCCGCUGAAUUCGACGGGAGGUGGCCCAGGCAAAUAGCGUCGUCAAUUGGCCUGUGUCGUUAUGGUGGGAGGAUUGACUGCUGCUGGGGCUGGGCCCGCCAGUCCUGGGGACAGUGUCAGCCUUUCUACGUCUUAAGGCAGAGAAUAGCCAGGAUAAGGUGCCAGCUCAAAGCUGUGUGCCAACCGCAGUGCAAACACGGUGACUGUAUCGGACCGAACAAGUGCAAGUGUCAUCCGGGAUAUGCCGGCAAAACCUGCAAUCAAGAUCUGAACGAGUGUGGCCUGAAGCCGCGGCCCUGCAAACACAGGUGCAUGAACACUUUCGGCAGCUACAAGUGCUACUGUCUCAACGGAUUCAUGCUGAUGCCCGAUGGGUCCUGCUCAAGUGCCCUGACGUGCUCCGUGGCCAACUGUCAGUACGGCUGUGAUGUUGUGAAAGGGCAGAUACGGUGCCAGUGCCCCUCCCCCGGCCUCCAGCUGGCUCCCGAUGGGAGGACCUGUGUGGAUAUUGAUGAAUGUGCUACCGGAAGAGCCUCCUGCCCUAGAUUUAGACAGUGUGUCAACACAUUUGGGAGUUACAUCUGCAAGUGUCAUACAGGCUUCGACCUCAUGUACAUUGGAGGCAAAUACCAAUGUCACGAUGUAGAUGAGUGCUCCCUUGGUCAGCAUCAGUGCAGCAGCUUUGCUCGCUGUUUCAACGUGCAUGGGUCCUACAGGUGUAAAUGUCAGGACGGCUACCACGGCGAUGGACUGAGCUGCGUGUAUAUUCCAAAAGUCAUGAUUGAACCAUCAGGUCCAAUUCAUGUACCAAAGGGGGAUGGUACCAUUUCAAAGGGUGAUGGAGGACACAGUAAUUGGAUUCCUGAUGUCGGGAGUACUAGAUGGCCUGUAAAGACACCGUAUAUUCCUCCUGUUGUUACCAACAGGCCCACUUCUAAGCCAACAAUAAGACCUACACCAAACCCAACAAGGCCUACCCCACCUCCACCCCCACCCCCACCCACAGAACUCAGAACACCUGCACCACCACCAACGCCAGAAAGACCGAUCCUCAGACUGACGACUGCAGCACCAGCUGCUACAUCUCCAAGAGAGAUUACAGUUGACAACAGGAUACAGACAGAUCCUCAGAAACCCAGAGGAGAUGUGUUCAUUCCACGGCAGCCUUCAAAUGAUUUGUUUGAAAUAUUUGAAAUUGAAAGAGGAGUCAGUGCAGAUGAUGAAGCAAAGGAUGAUCCAGGUGUCCUGAUACACAGUUGCAAUUUUGACCAUGGGCUUUGUGGAUGGAUCAGGGAAAAAGACAGUGACUUGCACUGGGAACCCGUGAGGGAUCCAGCAGGUGGACAGUACGUGGCCGUCUCCGCAGCCAAGGGCCCCGGGGGGAGAGCCGCGCGCUUGGUGCUGCCGCUCGGCCACCUCGCGCAGGCAGGGGACCUGUGCCUGUCGUUCAGGCACAAGGUGACGGGGCUGCACGCCGGCACGCUGCAGGUGUUCGUGAGAAAGCACGGUGCCCACGGAGCGGCCCUGUGGGGCAGAAACGGGGGCCACGGCUGGAGGCAAACGCAGAUCACCCUGCGAGGGGCCGACGUCAAGAGCGUCAUCUUCAAAGGUGAAAGAAGGCGUGGCCACACUGGCGAGAUCGGAUUGGACGAUGUGAGCUUGAAAAAAGGCCACUGCACCGAAGAACGCGAGCGACUCCAUAACUAGCAAUGAAGUCCUGUGUUGCUCCCUCUUCUUUUUCUAAUCUUCACCUCCUGUCUGCUCCCUUUUAACAGACCUAGGAGAAGAGUGGGUCAGUGGGUCAGAGUGUCUGGGCAUUGACCCACAUCUUGUUGCCUGCUUUUGUGCAAUCCCAAUGAACAGUGACACUCUCCUUGAAAUGGGACAUUUGUGGACACAUGCAAGCCAUCUGUGGCUCCUUUAGGAACUGAUCUUCAGCAUGUGUGACCUGUGCCAUCCUUCAUUCAUCCUGGUGACAAGGUGUUCCUUGUAGUAAAUUAUGGGAGAUGUUUUCAAAAGAAAUUUGUGCAAAUAGCCAUUCUGUUAUCUGUUCAGUGUUGUGCCACUAGUAGUAUCGGCUUCCCCUAAGACGUGUCGUAGUGUGCUUGUGAAAUGUUUCUCCUCUUCACCGUUAGUGCUGGACUGAACUCUUUACUGCCACUCACUUUAUAAAAGAAGGAUGUGUAACAUAUCAAAAUGCAUUUAUUCUUGUUAUUUGUGUAUUUCUUUUUAAGACAAUUAUGUAAUUGUAAUUAGUAGUAUUGUGUUUUAUGUAAAUGUGCUGUUGAUAUUAAGUAGUUAUGUGUUCCUGAUAUUUACAGACUCUAGUUGCCAGGGCAAGGCAGCUUGUGAUCUCGAGUUAAAAAACACCCGGUGAAAUGUUAUCCAGUUCUAUAACCUUAUAUUGGUAGCAAGAGAAAUUUGGAAAUGGUGUCAGGUGGGGUAGGGGAGGGAUGAACGUUUUCAGAGGAUAGUCAACCAUCGAGGUAGACAAGAAGCUGCAGCUAGCACGUCAAACCCUCACUGUUUCUCACUACACUGAAAACCAGCAGCUUUCACCGUAGUAACACGGUUCUCUGGUGAUUUGUUAGAAACUUGGCGAAGUUCUGGCUGUUGCACAGGACAGUCUGUUUCUGGGAGCAGGGUGAGGAGGAGCAGGGGAGCAGCGCUGUGAGAAUAGAUUUCAUACUAAUUUUCAAAUCAGUAUAAAUGUAGGCAGGUCUAGCUCCUAACUUAGGUCAGGAUGGGCGAGGGAGCCAGUCUCAUGCUUUGAGGGAUUGAAUUGUUGGAAUAGAAUUCCCUCACACACUAGAGCAACAGGCGAAUUCAAAGAUCUAAGAACCCUCAACUAAUAUAUUUUCCCCCUUGCAUAGUUUAUAUUAAAAAGUAUAUAUAACCUUUGAAAUGCAACUUACUACUGAGGCUUUUCCUCAUUUCUGAUUAAGUAAUCAAAAUAUUUUCUGCUGUUUUUGCCAGGAAUCACAAAGAUGAUUAAAGGGUUGGGAAAAAAGCUCUAUGAUGGUAAAUUAAAGGAGCAGGGAUUAUUCGGCCUGGGGAAGGCAAGACAUCAUUGCUGGUUUUCAAGUGUGUGAAGGGUUGGUACAGAGGGGAUGGUGACCAGCUGUUUGCCAGAUGCACUAAGACUAGAACAAGAGCAAGCAGGCUUAGACUGGAGUGUGAGGGAGUCUUUGCAGGCAGGGUCAGCUGUUCAGUUAGAGUCCCUUAUAAAAGAGUGUGAAUCUCUCAUUUUCCCCAGAGGCUUUUAAAAAAUUAGAUAAAAAUUUGUCUAUUUAAGGUAGUUAAGGAUGGUCAAGAUAGAGUAACAGAUUACAGAAUCUCCCCAAAGAUGUUUUGCUCCUAUUACUGUAAUGAGAAUCUCCAGAACUAAGUCAUUUGGAUUGGGCCACGGUUUAAUUUAGGUACUUCCCUCUGUUGCUCCCUAGUGAAGAAGAAUCCAAAGGGGACAAGUCCACCAAGUGCUGAGCUCACCACAGUGUCUCUCCCUUUAUGGCAAACCUAGCAGUAUUAAAGCAAAAAACAAAAACAUAUAUAUUAUAUAUAUAUUUAUUCAAAAAGAGUAUAAUGAACAGAUGUUUUAGUAUCUCGGUAUUCUAAUGUGAUGUUUUUCUUUUUCCUUGAAAAACACAUUCACCUGCUCAGUGGAUGAUGCUUCAGAUUUUUAGAGACCAUAACAAGGAACAGAGUUUACAGAAACUUUUAACUGGUGCAUUCUUUCUGCAAUUUACGUAACGUGGCCACGGAUAGAGAGCGCCAGGCCCCACACGGCCGCCAGGUGCUCUCCUCCGCCUAAUUGGUAUAGUUCACUGUCUCGUUAUCAGGAGACUCUCCCACGUUCCACAAUGGUAAUGUUUUUUUGAACAAUAGGUGUAAUAGUAUAUAUUUGGUCAUUUACCUUGGUGGGGGCAGGA